AUGUAUCGGAUGUGGCUGUCUCUGCUGUCCGGCCUCUGCCUUCGCCUGGUUUUCCUCUGUGCCGCCGAGGAAGGACUCGAGUUCCCCAAUUUUGACGGGAAAGACAGGGUGCUGGACAUAAACGAGCGGAACUUCAAGAAGGCCCUGAAGAGGUACGACCUGCUGUGCCUCUUCUACCACGAGCCCAUGCCUGCCAGCAAGGGCCUGCAGAAGAGGUUCCAGAUGACCGAGCUGGUGCUGGAGCUCACUGCUCAAGUCCUGGAGAACAAAGACAUCGGGUUUGGGAUGGUGGACACACACAAGGACUACAAAGUCGCCAAAAAACUUGGUCUGGAGGAGGUGGGCAGCCUGUACGUCUUCAAGGACGACCGAGUCAUCGAGUUUGACGGCGAGCUCUCGGCAGACACGCUGGUGGAGUUCCUGCUGGAUGUGCUGGAGGACCCAGUGGAGAUGAUCAACAACGCCAUGGAGCUGCGGGCCUUCGAGAGGAUGGAGGAGGACAUUCGUCUGAUCGGCUACUUCAGAGGAGAGGAUUCACAUUUCAAAGCUUUUCAGGAGGCUUCAGAGCGCUUCCAACCUUACAUCAAGUUUUUCGCCACAUUUGAUAAAUCAACCGCCAAGCACCUCUCCCUGAAGAUAAACGAGGUGAACUUCUACGAGCCGUUCAUGGAGGAGCCGGCCAUCCUGCCCGGCAGGCCUCUGUCCGAGAUGGACAUCGUGGAAUUUGUGACGCAGCACAGAAGGGCCACUCUGAGGAAGCUGCGAGCGGAGAACAUGUUCGAGACGUGGGAGGAUGAUAUGGACGGCAUCCACAUUGUGGCCUUUGCUGAGGAGGAGGAUCCAGAUGGCUAUGAGUUUUUGGAGAUCCUGAAGGACGUAGCCAGAGACAACACCAACAACCCAGAGCUCAGCAUCGUCUGGAUCGACCCCGACGACUUCCCUCUGCUCACCACUUACUGGGAGAAGACCUUCAAGCUGGACCUGUUCAGACCUCAGAUCGGCGUGGUCAACGUCACGGACGCCGACAGCGUCUGGCUGGACAUGUCCAACGACGAGGACCUGCCCACUGCCGAGGAGCUGGAGGACUGGAUCGAGGACGUCCUGUCAGGGAGGGUCAACACCGAGGACGACGACGAGUUUGCAGACGACCGGGAAAGUCCUGAACGCUACAUGGUGGACGACAGCGAGGAAAGUCACGACCGAGAUGAGGAGGAGGAGGAUGAUGGCAUGAGGGACUAUCAACUUUAA